AUGCCUGACGAACGCUUCGAUUCGAUGCUCCUCGCGAUUGCGCAGCAACAGGAGGGUAUCGACGGCAUCCUUGACACCUUCUUCUCCUUUCUCAGCCGAAAGACCGACUUCUUCAGUCAGCCUGACAUGGCGCGCCGCAGCGUGCAUCAGGUCAUGGACCGCUACCUGGCUGCAGCUGAGGAAAAGCAGCGCAAGGCGCAAGAAGCACAGGCAGCCGCGCAGCAGCAGCAGUCGGCGCGCACCUCUUCUCGAGUGGAGGUGCUCGAGAACGAGGAGGAAGUAAAUGCCGCAGCUGCCGCGCAGGCCGCUAAGGACGCCGCACAACGGAAACUAGAACUUGAGAAGGCGCAAUGCGAAGUCGCGGAGGCGAAGGCGAGAAAGGAAGCAGCAGCGAAGGAGGCGGCACAGCAGGCGGAGACAGACGCGAAGGAGGCCUUUGCCGACACCGCUGAUGCCCCACGCGGACUGCCGCCUACCGCCGCCAACGGCUUCGCCUACGAAAAGUACAUAUUUUCUCAGUCACUGCAGGAGGCCGAGGUGCGCGUGCCGCUGCCGGCGGCGAACGUCAAGGGAAAGCAAGUGAAUGUCGUGAUCACGAGCAACCGGCUGUUGGUUGGGAUGAAGGGGGGAUCACCCAUUGUGGACGGCGAGCUGUACGGCAAGGUGCGCGCUGAGGAAUGCAUGUGGACCAUCGAAGACGGCAAAACCGUUGUCGUGACCCUCUACAAGGCAAACUCAAUGGAGUGGUGGAAAACAAUCUUCCAGGGCGAUCCGGAGAUCGACCUGCAGAAAGUGAUGCCGGAGAAUUCGAAGCUGGACGAUCUCGACAGCGACACCCGUCAGACGGUGGAGAAGAUGAUGUACGACCAGCGUCAGAAGAUGAUGGGCAGGCCAACCUCCGACGAGCAAAAGAAGCAGGACAUGCUACGCAAGUUUAUGGAGGCGCACCCCGAGAUGGACUUUUCCCAGGCAAAGUUCUGUUAA